AUGCUCGUUUCUGGCGAAUUCAUUUUGGUUUCCACCCUUCUUAGCCUUGCUUCGGCAUCUCCCACUGCGGCUAUAUCAGCCUCUCAAUGGCCUAUGGAUCUGCAAGUCAAACAGGUCGCCAAUUUUGGACCUAGUUCCUGGAUAGAAAAUCUUGCCAUCCGACACUCAGGCGAGGUCUUGGCCACCCAUCUGCUCCACCCGCAGAUCUUGCAAGUCAAUCCCGAUGGGAAUUUGCCGCCUAUUUGCUGGGCCGAAGGUGCCAGUGCUGGCAAGUAUGCCGGUGUCUUGGGAAUCACAGAGACCAGACACGACGAGUUCUAUGUGGCCGUGGCUGGUCAGUACGACGAGAAUAUGAUAUUAUUACCCAACUCGACCGAUUACAUAUUCCGGGUCGAUUUUGAUAAUUUGGAGGUGUCCUCGACAGGAGAGGUGCUCUCGAAUGCCACAGUGGCGAAACUCACCGACCUCGAUGGCUCUCAGCUCGUGAAUGGAGCCACGACGCUCAAUGAAGACGCUAUCUUGGUUUCCGAUUCCUAUAAUGGAUGGGUCUAUAAGGUCGAUGUCCGGACUGGUGCAUAUGAUGUGAUCGUCGAUGACCCUCUGAUGAAGAAGAGCUCAGGUUCAGAAGGGAAAACCGGUGUCAAUGGGAUCAAGGUCUUCAGAGGAUAUCUUUACUGGACCAACACUGAUGCUGGUCUCCUGGCCAGAAUUAAGAUCAAUGAGGACGGGAAGCCAUGCGGUGCAUCCGAGAUCGUUGCUUCAAUUCUGACGGAGCCAGACGACUUCACUCUGGACGAAAACGGGACAGCAUAUAUUGCUCUGGGCCCUUGA